AUGGCUGGCCAAGUGAAGUCCCUCUACGCCACCCUCAUUGCCGCCGUUCUGCUGGCGGUGGUCAUGUCGCCGCCAGCAGAGGCGGUGGUCUCCUGUGGGACAGUGGCCUCGAACCUUACCCCUUGCAUCCCGUACGUGACUCGCGGAGGCGCGCUCGGUGGGUGCUGCAAUGGGGUCAAACGACUGUACGGGGCCGCCACCACCACUGCGGACCGCCAGACAGUUUGCCGCUGCCUUAAAAAUCUCGCCAACGCGUAUCGUGGAGUCGAUUUGGGCAAGGCCGCCAAGCUACCCAGUCAAUGCGGCGUCAAUGUUGCUUACAAGAUCAGUCCCUCCACCGACUGCAAUAGGGUUAACUGA